CAAUCAUUGUAUGUUCGCAUCGCCUUGAAUAAUAAUAAAAAUAAGGAUGUCAGAUUCUCAGACGGGCUCGCCGCAUGCUAUGAGCAAAGUCAAGCAUGUUAUCCUUGUAUUGAGUGGCAAAGGUGGUGUUGGCAAGUCCACGGUUUCAUGCCAGCUCGCGUUCUCCCUCUCGCACAUGCACCACAUGAAGGUGGGAUUGCUGGAUGCUGAUAUUUGUGGGCCUAGCGUUCCCAAAAUAUGCGGUUUGGAAGGCAGGGAUGUCUUCCGUGACGCUCAAGGGUGGCAGCCGAUUACCAUAAAGGCAUCGGAUACCACGGCUACCGAUUCUGUGGGGGGUGGGGAGUUGAAGGUGAUGUCGAUUGCCUACUUGUUGCCUAGUGAUAAGGAUGCCGUGGUGUGGCGCGGGCCGAAAAAAGACGCCAUGAUCAAGCAGUUCAUUUCGGACGUAAAUUGGGGCCCUCUUGAUUACCUCAUCGUCGACACGCCUCCCGGGACCAGUGAUGAGCACCUGACGUUAUGUGAGGUUCUGAAGCCCUUCAACCCUUCCGGCGCCGUAAUUGUAACGACGCCUCAGGAUGUCGCCACUGAUGACGUCAAGAAGGAACUUUCUUUUUGUGCAAAGCUUGGAGUUCGGUGCCUGGGGAUCAUCGAAAACAUGUCAGGGUUCGUUUGCCCUCACUGCGACCACUGCACAAAUAUUUUCAGCACCGGUGGCGGAAAGAAGUUGGCAGACCUGUAUGAAGUUAUGUUUUUGGGUGCAAUUCCUAUUGACCCUAGUCUUUCUCUGGCUGAAGAUGAAGGGAAGGCGUUUGUGCACGAGUUGAGUUCUACGGAAAACGCAUCUACGUCGACUCAGAAAACAAUUUCGAUGCUAAUUACUGUGAUUAACAACAUCAUUGGUCAAGUAUAUCGCGCUGAGCAAAGCUCUAAAGUAAAUUCUUGCUGACGCUGCCUAUCCAACAAUUACAAGACGGAAGGUGCGUGUUGGUCACAACGUAAUGAGUCCAUUUCACUUCAUUCAUGAGGUAAACAGACCGGUUAAAUAAAGUUUGUGUGGUUUAUCAUUUCCUUAUUCCACUGUGGUCAUCCUGACAUUUUUUGUUCCAAGUCACAACUAUAACUAUUGAUGUUAAGGCACUCAAUCU